AUGUCCAAAUCAGCCAUAGACCCGCUGUCGGCUGUGGAAACCGGCUCGCAGUCGCAUUAUUUCCAGCUGCCCAGGAAGCUGCCCAAAAGGAAAAGUCGCUUCAAACGCUCCGAUGGAAGCACGUCCUCAGACACAACCUCCAGCUUCAUCAAGAGACAGGGGGGUUUGGUGCUGCUGCUUUUCGCUGGUGGCUCCGGUGAGGAAUGGGACAUGACAAAAGCGCAGGUCUGCGUUCAGAAUGUAGCAUACGGAGAGACGCGGCUGCAUCCAAUUUGUCAAGGCUCUGCUGAUUCCUACACCAGUCGCCCGUCAGACUCAGACCUGUCAGCCGAGGAGGACCGCGAGGCGUAUCGGCGCGAAGCCGAGCGCCAGGCCCAGCUGCAGCUCGACAGAGCUAAGUCCAAACCUGUAGCGUUCGCAGUGAAGACCAAUGUGAGUUACUGUGGAGCUCUGGAUGAGGAGUGUCCCGUCCAAGGAGCCGCAGUCAAUUUUGAUGCCAAAGACUUUCUGCACAUUAAAGAGAAGUACAAUAAUGACUGGUGGAUCGGCCGCCUGGUGAAGGAGGGAGCAGACAUCGCCUUCAUCCCCAGCCCCCUGCGCCUCGAGGCCAUGAGACUGAAGCAGGAGCAGAAGCAGAGAAAGUCAGGAGGAAACUCUUCAAGUUUAGGGGACAUGGUCACAGGAAACUGGAGAACCACGCCACCAUCUGCAGCUAAACUGAAGCAAAAGCAGGAACAUGUCCCUCCCUACGAUGUGGUGCCCUCCAUGAGGCCGGUGGUGCUGGUGGGACCCUCUCUGAAGGGCUAUGAGGUGACAGACAUGAUGCAGAAGGCUUUAUUCGACUUCCUAAAACAUAGAUUUGAGGGCAGGAUCUCAAUCACUCGAGUCACUGCCGACCUGUCAUUAGCCAAAAGAUCUGUGCUGAACAAAAGGCCCAUGAUGGAGAGGUCCAACACACGCUCCAGCCUGGCGGAGGUGCAGAGUGAGAUCGAGAGGAUAUUUGAACUGGCCAAAACGUUACAACUGGUCAUUUUGGACGCAGACACGAUUAACCACCCGGCUCAGCUCGCCAAAACCUCCUUAGCUCCAAUCAUUGUCUACGUCAAGGUGACCUCUCCAAAGGUGCUUCAUCGACUGGUCAAAUCCAGAGGGAAGUCUCAGAGCAAACACCUGAAUGUGCAGAUGAUGGCUGCAGACAAACUCUCUCAGUGCCCCCCGGAUAUGUUUGAUGUCAUUCUGGAUGAGAACCAGCUGGAGGAUGCGUGUGAGCACUUGGCUGAGUUUCUGGAGGUGUACUGGAGGGCCACCCACCUGCCGGGGUCCACUCCCCUCAACCCACUGUUAGAGCAGACGCUGAUGAGCCCACCCUCUGCACUCUCCAGCCUCCAGAACCAGAACCCUGCACCUCCACAGCCCUGUGAGGAAGAGGAGGAGGAAGAGGAGGGGGCAGAGGAGGCCCACUCACCGCUGGAGCAGGACAGUCUGAUGCCGUCGGAUGAGGCCAGCGACUCCCUGUCCCGCGGAGAGAGGGAGGAGCACGACCACGAGUUUGGGUACAGGGACUACCCCCGUCACUGCGGAAACACCCCCGGGGGAGGGGACCACAGCGCCAACGGGCACGAGUCCCAGGACCGGCUGCUCCAGAGAAACCCCCCACAACGCAGCCGCCCCUGGCCCCGGGAUAACUACUGA